AUGAAUAAAUUUUCUCUCAAAAAUGCGUAUGAUCAUAAUAGCCAGGCCUUUAGUGCUGAUAUUACUGUAGCAGAAAGGAUAGAUUUUUAUUCUAAAUGGUGCCAAUCAGGAGAAUAUGAAAAGGAUUUGUCUAAAGGAGGAACUUAUAAUGGUCCAAUAAUAGCUGGUGAAGCGAUCAGUAGGCUCUAUCCUGAUGAUAAAAAUAUCAGAAUUCUAGAUAUUGCUGCUGGAACAGGAUAUGUUGGAGAAGAGCUAAGGAACAAAGGAUACUUCAAUUUGGAUGCUUUAGAACCAUCAAAAGUGAUGCUACAACAGGCCAAAGAUAAAAAAAUAUACAAGAAUCAUAUCUGUGAUAUUUUAGGCGGAACUGCUGUCCAUAUAAAUGAUGAUGAAUAUGAUUGUACAGUUGUUUGUGGUGCAAUGGGUGAAGGUCAUAUACCAUGUUCUGGUUUAAAUGAAAUGAUCAGAGUGGUUAAACCAGGAGGUGUUGUAUGUAUCGUGAUGAGAGAAGAAUAUCUAUUCACUGUUUCAGAGUAUAAGGAUCGACUGGAACCUUUGAUGAAACAACUGGAAGAUGAAGGCAAAUGGGAAAGUAAAGACCGCAUCAAUUUUCCAAAUCAUUUUGCUGGAAAAAGUGGUGUUUUGUUUGUCUUUCGUGUAAAGUGUGACGGUGUAUGA